AUGGGGCGUCCACGUCUCUAUCACACAGCAGAAGAGAAAGCCGAAGCUCGCCGCACUAACUCAAAGAAACAUUAUGACACGUAUGCUUCAUUUCUUUUUGCCACAUCUUCCAAGGAUGCAAACAUUCAUUUACAUGUGUUACACAGGAAUUGGGUUGAGAUCUGCCGCCGCUUGCGUCGCCGAUACAAGAAAAAGGUAGCGGCCAUAAAGGAAAAGAAAUUAAAGGAGAUAAUUGAAGGCUCCGACGAUGACAAUGAGAUCGGUGCGUUCAAUCUCAAUACAAUACAAACUACAUCGCUCUACACCUACGCCAUGGGAAAGGGACGUCAGCCCAAAAUCUCUUCUACUAUUCGCGCUCCUCUUGUCGUCAACAAUUCUACGUCAUCGAAGCAAGGAGAACGGAAAAAGGUCAUGGAGACCGAUCUGGUGGCCAAGCGAGUCCGAAAGCGUCAUGAGGAUGCCACCGCAAAGUUAUUCCUACCAAGUUUUCAUGCCGCUAUCCGGGAAGACCAAGUCAAGUCCUUUUUUGACCGCGCGGCACUCAUCUGGUUCCUUCGGUUUCCUGAACCUGAAGAGGAGGUUCAUGUACACGAAGCUUUUCUUGAUGAUGCUGGCUAUGAUGACCACAUCCGCCGCGAAUGGUUAAAAGUACUCAAAAAGAAGCUCUGCUGGCUUGCUGGCGUUUUCCCAAAAAACAUACAAGACGGCCCCGUGCCUGAAGACUCGCUUUGGAUGGUGGAAAUGAACAAAGCCGCCAAGGAAAUCGUGUCGUCGCUUCGUACCCGCAUAGACACAUCGGGUUUGGAGGGGAUCGAGCUUUGCUUAGAGGAUUCCCUUGCUCAAGCGAAAGAACGGGCUGCAUGGGAGGCACAGGAAAGGCUUGAAGAAGAGAAUACAAUGCUUCAUUUCUAG